AUGAUAAAGCUCGCCAUUGAGGAAAUGAUCAACGAAAAAAUUCAGGGAGUUAAAUAUAAAUAUAUCUCGAAAUGGGAUUUGGAAAUUGAAAAGGUUUGGUUCCUCAAACAGAACGACGACCAUAGUUUAAAAGAUGAGAGAAGGAAGCGAAAGGAUGUGGUUUGGCAGGGACCUCCUCCAGGGUGGUUGAAAUUAAAUUUCGACGGGGCUAGUAAAGGCAACCCAGGUCGGGGUGGUCUAGGAGCAAUUGUAAGGGACGAAUUUGGAAAUAUUUUGAAAGCUUUCUCGGGCUCAGGUGGCUUUGUGACAAAUAACGUGGCAGAAAUCUCAGCGUUGGAGGUAGGCUUAAAAUGGUGUGCGACCAAGAGUAUGGACAAACUUGUUAUAGAGGGAGACUCCCAAAUAAUACUAAAUGGGAUCAGCUUGUCUAAAUUCCAAAACUGGCGGCUCAAUAAUUGGCUAUCGAGGAUCAAAAUGCUCUUGGAUUCGCUUGGAGACUAUCACAUCCAACACAUGUUUCGAGAAGGAAACAAGGCUACAGAUGCAUUGGCGAAUCUAGGGAUUGAGGAACCAGAGUCCACCUUAGAGAAUUUGACAGUGUUGAUGGUUAGCCCGUGA